CCGACCCACAGUCAGAUUCGCCGGAAGCUCGGUGGUUAUUUGGUCUGUUAUAGUACGAUAUCACUGACCCGUCCGGAGUAAAGUCACCAUCCAGGACAUGGCUACGAUUGCGAGGGAAGAUCUGAAAUACGGCUGGUUUUCAUUUAAGCCAGGAUGGCUCCAGACUGCUAAUAACUCCAAAUGUUUCCUCUUCGUGGUCGCCAUACUUGCGACUGUGCAAAGCAUGACGGUAAAUGGAAUAACAGCCAUAAAUCUGCCCACGUUAGAGAAACGGUUUCAGCUCAAUAGCAAAGAUCUUGGAAUCAUUGCUGCUUCCAACGACAUAUCUGCCAUCGUACUUGUCUGCUUUGUCAGUUUUUACGGUGAAUUUGGAAACAAGAUUAGAUGGCUGGGAUAUGGAACACUUGUCACAGGUAUUGGUUGUUUUGUAUUUUUCCUUCCUCAUGCCUUAACUAGUCCGUACAAACCUGUCGUGACAAACACCACAGACAUUUACAGACGAGUUGAAGAGUGUAUGGUGAACAGCAACAGCUCAACUGGUAACGCCUGUUUCUCCGGAUACGAGUCAAACAGGUUCUACCUGUUUAUUUUCUGUCUGGCGCAACUGCUCAUGGGUGCAGGCACUACACCGUUGUACUCACUCGCACCAGCCUACAUUGACGAAAAUGUUCAUCCUAAAGCAUCGCCAAUAUACCUCGGUAUAUUUUUCGCGGGUGCAGUGGCAGGCAGUGGGCUUGGAUUUGUGGUUGGAGGACCGAUUCUGAACAAUGUCUACGUAGACAUAAAACAGCCUGAAGGAGCUAAUUUAACCUCAAGACACCCACAGUGGAUUGGGGCCUGGUGGUUAGCAUACAUUGCAACCGGUGUGGUGAUUUUUGUCUGCGCCAUUGUAAUCCUUGGAUUUCCUCGUGAAUUACCAGGAUCAAAAGAGAUGCGCGAUAAAGCCAUUGAAGAAGGAAACUUGCCAAAAAGUGAUCACAGAUUACAAGGCAGUUUAAAAGAUAUCGUGCCAGCCACCACCAAGCUCUUAAAGAAUCCAACGUACAUGUUUAACACUAUGGCCACAACUGCAGCAUCGUUUUUCGGGGCCGGAUUGGGAGCCUUUAUCAGCAAGUUCGCCGAGUUGAAAUUUAAUCCGAACCCAGGCUUGGCUGGUGUUACUCUUGGGGUAGUGUUCCUUGUAGGUGCCACAGGUGGUAUUUUUUUGAGUGGUGUCAUCGUUAGGCGGUUUAAUUUGAAGAAUUCGUGCCGACUGUCUGCAAUGUGCUGCCUUUUUCUUCAACUUUUUACCGUAUGGACAGCAGCAACUUUUAUCAUCCCGGGAUGCAAUCAGAUCGAAUUGGCGGGUAUCACCAAACCCUAUUACAAAAGCCAGUCACAAAUCGGAAGUGUAACAGCCCCAUGCAAUGCGAACUGUAGUUGCUCGAUCGCAAAUAUUGAUCCCGUGUGCGGAGAGGAUAACUUGAGUUAUUUUUCGCCUUGCCACGCUGGGUGUUCAAAAGUGGAAGGAUCUAAGGCAUACCAGUGUAGUUGUAUUCCUCCUAUUGGGAAUGGGACCGAAGCAACAGCCGCGAAACGCUACUGCGACCGAGGACCAGGCUGCAAGAAUUUUCUGUAUUUCCUCUUAGUUUCUUGUUUGCUAAUCUUAGCCGUUUUCCUAACAGCAAUACCAAGCAAAACCGUCGCUCUACGAUGUGUACCGGAUAAUCAAAGAUCCUACUCCCUAGGUUUCCAGUUUAUUUUUCAGCGCUCUCUUGGCUUUAUGCCAGGACCCGUUGUGACUGGUUGGAUAUUUGACUAUCUUUGCCUUCUCUGGGGAGAAAGCUGCGGAAAACGAGGUCGAUGUCAAAUAUACGAUAUCAAGAAGCUGUCGUUAGCAAUAACAGUUUUGGGAUGUAUUAUGAAAGGUCUGGCUGUGUUAUUCUUUUUCCUGAGCUUUUGGUUUUGCAAAUCAAGCUACGAUGAAGAUGAUGUAAACGAAGACCAAACUAAAAACGAAAUUGAAAUGACGGGAGAGUCUUUGUCGAAAAAAACUGUACUUAAUUAAGUAAACAAUGUGACGGUUAGACUGUCUAUAUAAGCCGGCCUCUGUAACUGGGGGGGUCUCGAUGGGGUCAACCAUAAGCCGAGAAACGGCCGAAAAAUUCAGUCGUAAGGCGUAAAAAUUGACAAAAAUUAACCGUUCGUCGUAAAAAGAAAUUAUCCGUAAAUUUUUUUUCUGGUGACCAUAAUGGAAAGAAUUUUAACCAUAAGCCGUAAAACAAGAGAAUAUGAACCGAUCAUGAUCUUUUGCCGUAAAAACCAUCCUCCACUAGUUGCGGUGACAAUUUAAGUAAGAUUGGGGUAUUGGUCUAUGUCACAAUUUAAGAAUUUCCAGCAUUUUUUAUUAUCCGUGUUCUGAUUGUAUAUUCUAUAACGUGUAUUACCAUUACUGUAUUAUGCGUAUGACUAUUAUUGUAUGAAUCAGUUAACCAUU